GGCGGGAGCGCGGCGGGGAGCGCGCCCGGGCUCGGCGGCGGGCGGAUGCCGGCGCGGCGGAGGGGAGCCGGGGCUCGCCGCCGUGCUCGGGCAGCGGCUGCGGAGGCAUGAGCGGCCGGCGGAGCUGAGCUGAGCCGAGCCGGAGGAGGCUGAGCGGCUGCGGGAAGGCGGUGGAGUAGCGGGCACCCGGCCCUGGAUUUCCAUGGUGUCGGGAGCCGUGUGGAUUACCCCGCCGUGAGCCGGCACCCCGAGGAGGCGGGCGGCACCGGAGCUGCGAGGGCUGAACCAUGUGAGGGACGUUGCUGGGGCACAGGACGCACGCAGGGAACACAAAGUUUGCCUUUCCCAGGAUGGAUCAGAGGAAGAACUGGCCUCGGGUACUGGACUCUGACGGCUGGUCGGUGGCUUUGUUCUGUCUCUUCCUGGCAUCGCUCUCCCGAAACGUGUCCAGCAAUGCCUUGUUCAGCACUUUCCACUCUGAGAACCGGGACUGGACGUUCAACCACUUAACUGUCCACCAGGGCACUGGAGCAGUCUACGUUGGAGCUAUCAACAGGGUUUACAAGCUUUCGGGUAACCUGACCAUUUUAGUAGCUCAUAAAACUGGUCCUGAGGAGGACAAUAAAUCCUGCUACCCACCCCUCAUCGUCCAACCGUGCAGCGAGAUCCUCACCCUCACCAACAAUGUCAACAAGCUGCUGAUCAUUGACUACUCUGAGAACCGGCUGCUGGCUUGUGGCAGCCUCUACCAGGGAGUCUGCAAGCUGCUGCGCCUGGAUGACCUCUUCAUCUUGGUAGAACCCUCACACAAAAAGGAGCACUACCUCUCCAGCGUCAACAAGACGGGCACAAUGUAUGGUGUGAUUGUGCGCUCAGAGGGUGAAGAUGGGAAGCUCUUCAUUGGCACGGCGGUGGAUGGGAAGCAGGAUUAUUUCCCCACCCUCUCCAGCCGCAAACUUCCCCGGGACCCAGAGUCAUCAGCAAUGUUGGAUUAUGAGCUCCACAGUGACUUUGUCUCGUCCCUCAUCAAAAUCCCCUCAGACACCUUGGCCCUUGUUUCGCACUUUGACAUCUUCUACAUCUAUGGUUUUGCCAGCGGCAACUUUGUCUAUUUUCUGACUGUCCAGCCCGAGACCCCAGAGGGUGUCUCCAUCAACUCUGCCAGCGACCUCUUUUACACGUCUCGCAUUGUCCGUCUCUGCAAAGACGACCCCAAGUUCCACUCCUAUGUCUCUCUGCCCUUUGGCUGCAUCAAGGGAGACAUGGAGUACCGCCUCCUGCAAGCAGCGUACCUCUCCAAGCCAGGAGAUGUGCUGGCCAAGUCCCUCAACAUCACGGCCCAGGAGGACGUCCUCUUUGCCAUUUUCUCCAAGGGCCAGAAGCAGUACCACCAGCCACCCGAUGACUCUGCGCUCUGUGUCUUCCCCAUCCGCACCAUCAACGCUCAGAUCAAGGACCGCCUGCAGUCCUGCUACCAGGGGGAAGGCAACCUGGAGCUCAACUGGCUGCUGGGGAAGGAUGUCCAGUGCACUAAAGCGCCAGUCCCCAUCGAUGACAACUUCUGUGGGCUUGACAUCAACCAGCCCCUGGGAGGCUCCACACCCGUGGAUGGAGUCACGCUCUUCACCUCCAGCCGGGACCGCAUGACUUCUGUUGCUUCCUAUGUCUACAAUGGCUACAGCGUGGUGUUCGUGGGGACUAAGACUGGCAAGCUGAAGAAGAUCCGAGCAGAUGGUCCUCCCCAUGGUGGAAUUCAGUAUGAGAUGGUGACAGUUUUCAAGGACGGGAGCCCAGUCCUUCGAGACAUGGCCUUCUCCAUCGAUCAGAAGUAUCUCUAUGUCAUGUCAGAGCGACAGGUGUCCCGGGUGCCCGUGGAGUCCUGUGAGCAGUACACGACCUGUGGGGAAUGCCUGAGCUCAGGAGACCCACACUGUGGCUGGUGCACACUCCACCACAUGUGCUCCCCAAGGGAUAGCUGCGAGCGAGCAGACGAGCCGUACCGAUUUGCAGGCAGCAUCAGCCAGUGCAUGACUGUCACUGUGCAGCCCAGCAGCAUCUCCGUCUCCGAGCACAGCCUCCCGCUCAGCCUGCUCGUGAGUGAUGCUCCGGACCUGUCAGCUGGGGUCACCUGCCUCUUUGGAAACCUGACAGAGGUGGAAGGGCAGGUUUCAGGCAGCCAAGUGAUGUGUGUUUCACCAGCAGCAAAAGAUGUUCCUGCCAUACCUGUGGAUCAAGACUGGUUCGGCGUGGUGCUGCAGCUGAAGUCGCGGGAGACCGGGAGGAUGUUUGUCAGCACGGAGUUCAAGUUCUACAACUGCAGUGCCCACCAGCUGUGCCUGUCCUGCGUGAACAGUGAUUUCCGCUGCCACUGGUGCAAGUACCGGAACCUCUGCACCCACGACCCCACCACGUGCUCCUUUCAGGAGGGACGGAUCAACGUCUCUGAGGACUGUCCCCAGCUCUUCCCCACAGAGGAGAUCCUGAUCCCAGUGGGAGAGGUGAAACCCAUCACGCUGAAGGCAAGAAACCUGCCCCAGCCCCAGUCUGGCCAGCGCGGGUACGAGUGUGUCCUCAGCAUCCAAGGCGUGAUCCACCGCGUGCCUGCCCUGCGCUUCAACAGCUCCAGCGUCCAGUGCCAGAACAGCUCGUAUCUCUAUGAUGGGAUGGACAUCAGCAACUUAGCAGUGGACUUCGCUGUGGUUUGGAAUGGGAACUUCGUUAUUGACAACCCGGAGAAUCUGAAAGUGCACCUCUACAAGUGCGCAGCCCAGCGUGAGAGCUGCGGGCUCUGCCUCAAAGCCGACCCCAAGUUUGAGUGUGGCUGGUGCAGCGGCGAGGCCAAGUGCACGCUGCGGCCGCACUGCAGCGCGCCCUCCGCACAGCCGUGGCUCGACUGGUCCAGCAGGAACGUCAAGUGCUCCAACCCUCGCAUCACCGAGAUCCUGACGGUUUCGGGCCCGCCAGAAGGAGGGACAAGGGUGACCAUCCGUGGUGUGAACCUGGGCCUGGACUUCUCGGAGAUCGCCCGUGGGGUGCAGGUGGCCGGGGUGCAGUGCACGCCGCUGCCUGAGCACUACGUUGUCGCUGAACAGAUCGUCUGUGAAAUGGGGCAGGCUCUUCCAGGGAUCAGCUCUGGCCCAGUGCUCCUGUGCAUCGGAGAGUGCAAACCGGAGUUCACAGCCAAGUCCACGCAGCAGUACAUGUUUGUGACUCCAGCAGUGAGUUUUCUGAAUCCAAGUCGUGGUCCAGAGUCGGGAGGGACGAUGGUGACCAUCUCUGGGCACUACCUGGGAGCCGGCAGCCGUGUCUCAGUGCUCCUGGGAAACCAGACCUGCGAAUUCUACGGGCGAUCCAUGAACGAGAUCGUCUGCGUGUCAGCUCCAUCAGCCCAUGGCCUGGGGGCUGUUCAUGUCUCUGUCAGCGUGGACCGGGCUCAGCUGGAGAGGACUUUGCUGUUCGAGUACAUCGAUGAUCCGAAGGUGCAGCACAUCGAACCCGAGUGGAGCAUCGCCAGCGGACACACGCCUCUGACUGUUACCGGCUCCAACCUGGAUGUGAUCCAGGAGCCGAGGAUCCGCGUCAAGUACAAUGGGAAGGAGUUUGUCAAUGUCUGCAAGGUGGUGAAUGCUACGGCGCUGGCCUGCCUGGCUCCCCCCCUCACUCCCGAGUACCGGCCCGGCCUGGAUGCUGUGGAGCGGCCAGAUGAGUUUGGGUUCAUCUUUAACAACGUGCAGUCCCUCCUGGUCUACAAUGACACCAAAUUCAUCUACUACCCCAACCCAACAUUUGAACUGCUGAGCCCAACCGGGGUGCUGGAACAGAAGCCGGGGUCACCCAUCAUCAUGAAGGGCAGAAACCUGUGCCCACCCGCUCCUGGAGGAGCAAAGCUCAACUACACCGUGCUGAUCGGAGAGACACCCUGUGCUGUCACUGUCUCCGAGACCCAGCUGCUGUGUGAGCCACCUAAUCUCACUGGACAGCACAAAGUGAUGGUGCGUGUUGGUGGUAUCAUCUUCUCACCUGGUUCAGUGAGCAUCAUCUCAGACAGCCUCCUGACCCUGCCAGCCAUCGUCAGCAUCGCGGCUGGAGGCAGCCUGCUCCUCAUCAUCGUCAUCAUCGUCCUCAUUGCCUACAAGCGCAAGUCCCGAGAGAACGACCUGACCCUGAAGAGGCUGCAGAUGCAGAUGGACAACCUGGAGUCCCGCGUGGCCCUGGAGUGCAAGGAGGCUUUUGCAGAGCUGCAGACAGAUAUCAAUGAAUUAACCAGUGACUUGGAUCGCUCUGGGAUCCCGUACCUCGACUACCGGACCUAUGCCAUGAGGGUCCUUUUCCCUGGCAUUGAGGACCAUCCUGUCCUGAGGGAGCUGGAGGUCCAAGGGAACGGGCAGCAGAGUGUGGAGAAAGCCUUGAAGCUCUUUGCGCAGCUGAUCAACAACAAAGUCUUCCUGCUGACCUUCAUCCGAACGCUGGAGCUGCAGCGCAGCUUCUCCAUGCGCGAUCGCGGCAACGUGGCCUCGCUUAUUAUGACAGGACUGCAGGGCAAACUGGAGUACGCCACCGAUGUGCUGAAGCAGCUGCUCUCCGACCUCAUCGAGAAGAACCUGGAGAACAAGAACCAUCCCAAACUGCUCCUACGCAGGACUGAGUCGGUGGCUGAGAAGAUGCUGACUAACUGGUUUGCCUUCCUCCUCCACAAGUUCCUCAAGGAAUGUGCUGGAGAACCACUCUUCAUGCUCUACUGUGCCAUCAAGCAACAGAUGGAGAAAGGCCCAAUUGAUGCCAUCACAGGAGAAGCUCGUUACUCCCUAAGUGAGGACAAGCUGAUCCGGCAGCAAAUUGAGUACAAGACUCUGAUCCUGAACUGUGUGAACCCAGAUAAUGAGAACAGUCCAGAGAUCCCUGUGAAGGUGCUGAACUGCGAUACCAUCACUCAAGUCAAAGAGAAGAUCCUCGAUGCAGUAUACAAAAACGUCCCAUACUCUCAAAGACCAAGAGCUGUUGACAUGGACUUGGAGUGGCGGCAGGGCCGGAUAGCUCGUGUGGUCCUGCAAGAUGAAGACAUCACCACCAAGAUCGAAGGAGAUUGGAAACGCUUGAACACCUUGAUGCAUUAUCAGGUAUCUGACCGCUCAGUUGUGGCUCUUGUUCCCAAGCAGACCUCCUCCUACAAUAUUCCUGCCUCUGCCAGUAUAUCCCGGACAUCUAUUAGCAGAUAUGACUCCACCUUCCGCUACACUGGCAGCCCCGACAGCCUGCGCUCCCGGGCCCCCAUGAUCACCCCUGACCUGGAGAGCGGGGUCAAGGUCUGGCACUUGGUCAAAAACCAUGACCACGGAGACCAGAAGGAAGGAGACCGGGGCAGUAAGAUGGUGUCUGAGAUCUACCUGACCAGGCUCUUGGCUACAAAGGGUACGCUGCAGAAGUUUGUGGAUGACUUGUUCGAGACGCUGUUCAGCACCGUGCACCGCGGCAGCGCGCUCCCGCUCGCCAUCAAGUACAUGUUCGAUUUCCUGGAUGAGCAGGCAGAUAAGCACGGCAUCCAUGACACAGACGUGAGGCACACGUGGAAGAGCAAUUGCCUGCCUCUCCGAUUCUGGGUGAACGUCAUCAAAAACCCCCAGUUUGUGUUUGAUAUCCACAAAGGCAGCAUCACAGAUGCCUGCCUCUCUGUUGUGGCUCAGACCUUCAUGGAUUCCUGCUCCACCUCGGAGCACCGCCUGGGCAAGGAUUCUCCUUCCAACAAGCUGCUGUACGCCAAGGACAUCCCCAGCUACAAGAGCUGGGUGGAGAGGUAUUAUGCAGACAUUGCCAAGCUCCCUGCCAUCAGUGACCAGGACAUGAACGCCUACCUCGCCGAGCAGUCACGCCUGCACUCCGUCGAGUUUAAUAUGCUGAGUGCACUCAACGAGAUCUACUCCUACAUCAGCAAGUACAGCGAGGAGCUCAUUGGGGCUCUGGAGCAGGAUGAACAGGCACGUAGGCAGCGUCUGGCAUACAAAGUAGAGCAACUCAUUGGUGCCAUGUCUAUUGAGAGCUGAAGAAAGGUUGCGGUGCUCACGGGCAGCAAAGGGCAGAGGAUUGCACGGACUCUCGGGAAUCCAGAGGGAGAACCAGCAAGGAAGGCACUGGACACAUAUAAAUACCAAGGCUCUUCUGGAGGGAGCAGAGACAGGCCCAAGGACUGACUGUGCUCCAAAUCAUAUAGGAUCUGGUUUGAAAAGGGAGGAAGAGAAAAAAGACAAAGCAUCUCAAUCAAAGUCAAAUCAAGAUGGAUCAUUUUUUUCAAGCAUACAUAGAAGGAAGGAACCUGGAAAGUCUGGAUAUCUCCAUGACUGCUGCUUUGCAUGAAAAUUGUUUGAUGUAUAUUAGAAAAUAAAACUUUAUUUAAAGGUUUUUUUUUUUUUUUAAAAAAAAGGAAAAAGAGAAAAAAAAAGGAAGAAAUAGAGCAAAAACCACAGAGGCCACAGAGAAAAUCCUGGCAACAAGGAACAAGGUUCAGCUCUGACUCCUGUCCUUGAGAGACUCCCAAGGAUGCAGCUCAGGCAUUCUGCGAACGGACUCUUACACCAGUUAGGAAGUCUGGAGAACCAAAAUGUUCUUCUUUUUUGGGAUCUUAUAAAGAAAUACGAGCACAAGUUUGCACCACACCUUUUUACAUGAGUAAAACAGCAGUUGAGCCAGAAAACAGUUCAGUGGCUGAGUAACUUAGAGGCUCUUAAAACUAACUUUACCUGAAUUGCGGAACCAUCGGAUCAUCCAAUCUGUCUUGAAAUCCAGCUUUAUCUAUGUAUUUAUAUAGUGUCAAUAUAUAUAUAUUUUUUAAAUCCCACUUUCUGUUGAAUGAGGAAAGACCUGAUUUUAAAUGCUUUCCUCUUCUCCCCCCAUCCCACCUUGCUGUCUGCCAGUGCUUCCGUGGUGAUGCAGCUGUACCCUCAGCAAUGGCAUGGCCAUAGCCAUGCCCAGUUGGCAUGUUGCUGGUCCACUUGGAGCAGAAGGGGCUGGCUGCCCUCUCCCUGUCGGGCAGGGCUCCUUGGUUGGGUUUUGGGGGGGGUUCUGGCAGCGCCUCUGAUUUCUUGUGGUAAAACCCAACAAACCCCCAAUGUUUACAGUGAGUGAUACUUGAAAAGACUAAGCGUAGUGAGAUGAGAUGUUUCUUGCUUUUCUGUUUGACUUACGGGGUUGAUGAGCACAGCUUUGAGGUUCUCAGCCAACAUUAGCAGUGUUGCCCGGGGUGAGGCCCAGAAUGUGUGUUUCCACUGGGAAAGGGAAAGAGAUCUUUGCUCUAGGCAAGGGAAAACCUUAACCAGCACUCCACGGCCAGCGAGCGCUGCUGUCUUGUCUCUGUCUCGGCAUGUCGUCGUUCUAUUCAAUUCCUUGCUGGCCCCACUGGCACGUGUUCUUGUGGCCAGUGACAGGCAAAUGUUUGUGAGUGUUAUUUCUUUCUAAGACACCAAAGCUUAUGCGUGUCCAUUUGUAGAGUGCCAGGAGGGGAAGGAAUGCUGUAAAUAUUUCUCUUUCUAGUAAAUACUGAUCUUUGUGCAGUGAGAAGGACAGGGCUCAUGGAAAUACAAGUAUUGACAGCACCAGCUUGGCAGUGGCAGCAAAAUAGCUUCAGGCAAGAUAGCUCAGCCCUGCCCGGGCAGUGCUGUGCCAGAUUGGGACCUUAGUUUGCAGCCAGUGUGUGUCAAAGGAAAAUCCAUUCUCAUAUCUGUCCACCUCCUCCACCAGAGGAGCCCAGGAGGGUCACCAUGGGCUCCCCAUGCACCAGGAGCUGCUGGCUUUUGGUCUCAAGAUGCAGUCCUAAGGGGAGCCAGCAACAGGGAGGGGAAAAGCACGUAGAGAAAUACUCAGGAAGCUGCUUGCUUUAAUUAUGGUUCAGUAAAAGCCAUGCCAAGUCCACUUGCUUUAGGUAAUCCACUUCUGUGAGUUUUUCUGGGCCCUGUUAAUACUCUGGAAGAGAAUACUGAUGAUAAUGAUCAGACUUGUGCAAUAAGUUCUUGACAUUUACAACAGCCUGAGCUUUGUGACUGGAAGGUUUGGAUUUAGUGAGGCACAGAGAGAGCUGGCAGGAGGGACUGAGCAGCAGAGCAGGAUUUGUACUGCCUGAGUUCUCUUCCCAAGGAUCCUUCUCUGCACAGUAAAUCUGGUUUCAAAGACAGAAAAUGUGCAGGUUUUCCUCUUUUUUCACUGGUUUCUGUUGCUGCUAUUCGCAGUGAUCCAGCACACAGCUUAGGAGGGAUUUCCAGAUCUAUAUUCUUCACUGUGGUCAUUGUUUUGGGUAUUUGUAUUCAGCUCAUUCACCAUAGUUUUAUGGUACUCUGAAACCCAAAGAAAGCUCUUCCCAGUGGUUUCCAAACAGUUUCCAAACACUUCUAAAUAUUAGUCUGAAUAGUUACCUCUGCAGGAUUCACAAAAUACGAGUACUGCCCAAAGCAAAGACCUUGCUUUUUGUCGCCUGGGUGCUGGUGAAUACGGGCUUGCCCAGCAGCCCAUGUCGUGGUCCUCUUUUCUUCACAUCUAUUUGAGAGGCUUUUGAGUAGCUGCUUUUAAACUGACUUUCCUCCUCCUCCUCCUCCUCUCUACUUUUGGGCCAGGAGCACCCCUUGAGCAAACACUUUGUCUUUCCCUCUCCUCCAGUAUUUUCUCAGUGAGGUCCCUGACCAUCCCCUGGGUUCUCAGGCAGGGGGUUUGUGGAGCAAUCUGAGGGUGGGUGCUGCAGUGAUGUUGGUGACCAGUCUCUUCUCCACAUGCAUUUUGGCUGCCUGUUCCCUCAUGAGCAGGCAGCAGGAGAGGUGGCACACAGGACGUCUCCCUGCUUGAGAUGCUCACGUAGUGUGAUAGGCUGCCAGGCCUGCUUGGACAGUUUGCCUCUCAGCAGCCUUUCUCAUCCCAUGAAUGGAGCCUGGGAAAGGGCCUAUAAACUGGGGUUAUCCUGAAAGGUAAAGACGGAGGGGAGAGAGGAAGAGUGAAGAAAACCAGUUUCAGAGUCCAGAGGGAUUGGUUUGCAAGCAAGGCUUCAAAGAAUUCAAGGUAUCCAAACACAGGGUCUGUAUUCCAUGAAUGCAGGAGAGCGCUGAGAGAAGGGGACAACUGAGUCUGUCCUUUGUGCUGUGGGAGGAAUUUGAGCAGAGGAGGAGAGGGAAAGCAGCAGGAGCACUUUGCAAACCAGGAAGCUAUUACACUUUUGACUGACUUUGGAGGGAAGCAGCAGCAACACCUCUGCUUCCAUCAUCUGGAAAGGCAUUAGGAGGAUGGUGUGGGGACGGCACGGUGCUGGCUGGAAGUGGUAGGCUAUAUAAAUAAUCUGCCAAGUAUCUACUCAUGGUGGUUGGCAUUAAUUAUGAAUCUUUACAGGCAGUUAUAUGGAAUGAAGCAAUAUAUCUCCUCGGGGCAAAGCGCUUGUAAUCCAUUGCCCUGUUUGCAUCCGACUUUUCCAUUACUCCUUUAGGAAGAGGAAGCUUCAGAUCUCAAAAUGGCAUUUUCUUUGCACUUGCAGCAAACUGAACUCGAGUUUUGGUCAGGAGGGGGCAGUGACGUUGCCUUAGAUGAAACCAUUUCACAUCCCUCUCAUUGCCCCCUUCCUCCUGCAAGGCCAGUUAGUGUUUUGAUUCUCCGGUUCACUUUGUUUCAGGUAUUCCAACAUCAAAGUGGGAGAUGUCAUUUUCCGGAAUCUCUCUGCCUGGUGUCACUGCUUGAAUAAUUCCAUUUAAUCUUCUGCUCAUGAGCUAUCAAAGCACCCACUCCAAGGGGGAGAAAGGUGCUAAUCAAACUCUUCUCCACCUUGAAAGCCUUUAUUAAAAACCCAUAUACAAGAGUCUAACCUACAGGCAAGCUUGUCUCCGCAUGGGCCCCGCUGUGGAGCACUGCAACGCUGCAGCCCACCAAAGUACAGAGGAUGUGGACGUUAAGUGGUCCACGCUUUGCCAUAAAGGAUGAAUUUAUGUUUAAAAGGGAGGCAGGAGAGAUCAGCACGGCCAGAAGUGCUGCAGCCCCUGUGUGAUGCAGCAUGGACCAGCCUGCCGGCCGGCGAUGCCUUCCCACAGGUCUCAGUGCUGCAACACAGUGGGGAUGACGAGUGCAGCCACUCGACGUGGUGGCAACCGAGACCUUCAUCACAGCAGUGCCUUCAACACACUGUCUUAAAAUCCUCAUGGCCCAUCCCCACGUGAGUUCUCUCUCCUUCCUUCAACUGGACUUCACCCAAAACGUCAUAAUGUAGGAAGCAAUUUGAGAGGGCAUGUGGAGAACAAAAGCAAGAAGGCUUAAAGCUCUUAAAGGGGUUACAUUCCUGUGCGCUGCUGGUUCUGAGCACCUCGGUGCACGUUGUUCAAGUCUGCGUGGAAAGGGUCGGAGCUCUUCCCUCCUCUGGUGGGCAUGACCUACAGAGAGGGUUUCCGCAAGUCCCAAGCAGCCAGUGGGGAUGGGGAGCACGGACCUGCCCGCAGCCCUCACCCUGUCCCAGUGCAGCAGGUUGGCAAAGGACAGAGCAGCUCCCGGCACGGUCCCUAUCGUGCUCCUGUGCCUCGAGCUGGUUCCCUGGCAGCAGCCCAGCCAUGUUCUUGCCUGUUGCUGGCUCUCAUCCCGUUUCCAGCGCUGUCAGAGCUUACCUGGCACCAGGACUCAGCUCAGCAAACUAAAUGAAACUAAACCAGACUUGACUUGAAUGAGCUGGGGCAUCAGGGGAGCUCAAGUGUGACUGUGCCAUGGAGAGAAGAAAAAAUGUUCAGAGGUGAAUAAAUAACUGACAUCAAAGAGGCAUUAAAAUGCCACAAAGCUUCAGCCAUCCAAUUGCAGAAUUGUAUUUGUACCAUAAACCACAAGCCAGUAACACAGGGAGCUGUGAUACUGUAAAUAGUUGUGUACUAGGUAGAGCCAGGUGAGCAGUCCCGUGUGGUUAGUGAAUGUGUUUUUAGCGAAAGCAGCAACCCAGCCUUCAUCCAAGGCCACUCAGACCAGUGGGUCAGAGGCUGAAGGCAAAGCAUUGGUGACAGCUAUAGGGCCCCCCCAGCACCCUCAAGGACAGGAUGUUGGGGUUUGUUUUAUUAGACUUCUGGUGGAGAAAUAAUGAGAGUGAAUGCUGUGAAGAAGGUGCCGUUCGGGAUCUGCUGAGCUGAGCAACCCUGAAUGUGCCAUUGAAACGUAGGUUGAUCAGAUCAGUUUUGAAGGGGAAGAGGAUGGGAAUCUCCAAACUGACUUUUGCCUCCUGCAAGGCUUUGUGUCCACCCCAGCUUCAGGCGGCGGUGCUGUUCUGGGCAAGGCAUGGCACGGAGGCAUCCCAGCUCUGUGGGGUACGUGCUGCUUUCCUCGCUCUUCGUGGAACCCUCUGGGUCUCCUGUACUCCAAGGAGUUUCAGCGGGUCUGGGGGCUGAGACAGGGGUGUGAAGUGGGGAGGAGACAGCAGCAUGGGACAGCAGAGACCGACUGCUUCCUUCCUGCAAAAGCAGCUCCGUGUCUACGCCAACGUUGCUGCUGAGGUUGCACCAGGAGCAGCUCAAAUGCAGCUUGAAGGGGUUUUGGCCAUGCUGUGAGCACGGAGGUGUCUGUGUGCUUGUUCUUUCAGAUCCCUGUUUGCCCCCCGUGUUGCCCAUUCCUCCCCUUUCUUUGUACAAGUGGAAUAUAACACUGACAAAACAGACGUUCCGGCAGCGCGUAAGGACGUGCUCAAAAGACCUGCAGGGUCCAUCCAGUUGCAUGGACAAUAUCCCAAACUCUCUGGGCCUCCUGAGGCUGCCAAAUCAAAGAUAAGAUUUCCUGUAUGGCCUUUCCUUUGAGAUUUUUAAUACCUCUACUUCAAAUAAGCUUGGAAGUUUAUGCAACAGUGUCUCCAUCAGAUGUUCCCAUCUCAUGGACUGGGCAGCAGAGGUGCGCCUGCAAGAGGAGCCAUUGGAAAGUAAAUGAGGUGGUUUUGACCGUGUUAUUUCAUAGCUCCAGAAGAUAUUGCAGUAAAAUGUCCUUCUCAUUGAUGGGUGUUUCUGUGUUAAUGGCACCUUGGGGGCCAUUACAAGUGGGAAGCAGCAAGAAGGGGAUGUGCAGGUACUAAAACUUCUGGAGUUGUCCCAUAAUGUCACAGAAUGCAGAGAUAUCAGCCCUGGAACAGCUUCUGAUUUCUUCUGCCUCCUCCUUACAAUAAUCACAUGCCAGUCUUAGGGAAUGUGUGUAUUGGCAGGAAUAAUGGAUUGGUUUGUAUCUGUACCCAUUCCACCGUAUCGUUCACUGGCUCCUCCCUUCCCCAUUAUACUUGACACACUGGAGUUCUGUAUUAUAUUUUUUUUUUUAAGAUGAUUGUCUAGGGUUUUUUUUUUUGGUUCUUUUUUGUUGUUUUUACAAGUGUUGUGGAAAAAAAAAAAAACAAAAACCCUGUAAGAAAGUUUAAGUAUUUAAAAAUGUUCCAAGGAAAAAGGGGGUUUUGUUAUUAUUCUAAUAUAUUAUUGUGUACCUAUUGUAAAUAUGAAACACUCCUAUUUUGCAAGCCAAGGACUCACUUUGUACUGUUGUUAUAUAUAAAUAAAGUUUACUGGUUAAAAAA